CGAUCUUUAACUGUCAUUUUAUCUUGUGCACUCCAGUGCUAAGAAGAAAAGAACAAUUUGUUACACCACACCAAGUUCACCCCGAAACCUUUCAAAAUGAAAGCCGGAAUCAUUCUAGCCGCCGUCAGCACCAUGGCUGGGCUGGUGUCUGCCACAGAACAAGGCUCCUCCGACCAAAAGAUUCGCAACCUCGAGCUUGAAGGUUCUCCCGAGGUGCGCACCAGUCGCAGCUACGAAGCCGACAAUGUCGGACGAGCCAAGACCGUAACCUUGCCCAGCCACCAUCGCAUCCCCAACGUACCAAACAUGUUCUCGGGCAGAGCCCGCGCUGCGGCUGGCAAGCCCACCUCGGAGGAGGACGGUGGCAAGGCCAUUGAGCGCCGCGGAGCCGAUCGCAAAGGUAAAGGCAUUCUCAACAGCCUGAUGCCCCCCAAGGUUUCUAACCGACCCCUCCCGGUAGACCUCCCCGUCGAGCAGCCUCAUUAUCACCAAUACAGCGCCGACUCGGACUACUGGGACUCGGCACCCGAGCGCCGGCCAAAGUCGCCCCGCCCCAGGAUAACGCAGUGGUGCAAGGUAGAGUUGGUCAAGGGUCGGGAGCCCCAAGGUAUGGUCAAGCAGAACUGGGACAAGACGUUUGUCAUUAAGGGGUUCGAGUUUAAAUUGUCACAUGAUUGUACGAUUGUGGCUGGCCGACAUGAAGCCGAACGAGCAGGGUAUGCGGUCCUGUCUGCCGCGUACAAGUAA